GUGAAUUGUCAUUCCUUCUUUCUCCGUUCCCCCCCAAUAAUAUGGCACUCCUAGUAUAUGUAUAUAUCUCAUUCCUCUCUAUAUAUGAAGAAAUCAGGUAACUGUUCAGUAAUACAAUAUUCACUUCCACUUUUGCAUGUUAGAGAAGAUGUGGGCGUCACCUUUCAGUAUUUUGCUACUUAUGAUCACCUUCAGCUUAGUCCUAACAUACAGUCGCCUUCUUCCUCAACAAGAAAAGAAUGCUCUUAAAGAAAUAGCGGAACAGUUGGGAAAAAAAGGCUGGGAUUUUGAUGCGAAUCCUUGUGAUGUUGGUAACACAAAUUGGAACACGCCAACUGACAAUACGUCAACGUAUCAAAAUAAUGUGACCUGCAAUUGCUCUAUCCCCAAUAAUGGUUUCUGUCAUGUAGAAAGCAUAUUACUCAAAGGGCAAGAUCUUGCAGGUGUUCUCCCUCCCUCCCUGGUGAAGUUACCUUAUCUCAAGAAAAUUGAUCUCGCUCGCAAUUAUUUAAGUGGUACUAUUCCCCCUGAAUGGGCAUCUACCAAAGUGGAAUAUAUGUCUGUUCUGGUGAAUCAACUCUCUGGACCAAUUCCAAAAUACUUGGAAAACAUGACUGCACUACUUUAUAUGAGUUUGGAAAAUAACAUGUUUAGUGGAACUAUUCCAAAAGAACUCGGAAACAUGGUUAAUUUGCAGAAUCUCACUCUUAGUUUUAAUAAUCUCACAGGUAAGUUGCCAGUGGAACUCAAUAAACUCACAAACUUAUUAGAACUUAGGUUGAGCGGUAACAACUUUACUGGAAAACUUCCUAGCUUUGAGAGUUUUAAAAACCUACAGAAAUUAGAGAUUCAAGCUUCUGGUUUUGAAGGACCUGUAUCUCAAAGCAUUUCUGUCUUGACCGGAAUGUCUGAAUUAAUAAUCAGUGACUUGACUGGAAGUGCUUCAGAAUUUCCACCGCUUGAGAACAUGACAGGCCUAAGUAGAUUGAUGUUAAGGAACUGCAAUAUAUCUGGGAAGAUUCCUUCUUACUUAGCUAAAAUGCCUCAAUUACAAAUUCUGUAAGUCUGCCGCCCAACUUCACUCUGAUUUUAAUUUUUU